UGUCCUCCAUUUUGGGGUUUCCUGGUGAGAUUUCAUUGUCAUACUUAUCAUCUCAAGACACAAUCAAACAUGGCCGUUACAUUGAAUGCCUUGAGAAGGUGUGGGAAAUGUUUGAGUAGAUCAGCUGUGACAAGACUCAGCAAACUGUUUGAUAUUAGUUCAGUUUCUAUGGCACAAACAAGAAGCUACACCAUCAUAAUGGAAAGAGUUUUCCCACUGCCACCUGACAAAGAUGGAGAAAAACCAGAUAUCAGUCAGAUGAACGAAAUUCAUAAGAUUCUGCGUGAUGUUGAAAUAGUUCAAUAUCCAGAGGAAUUAGAUUGCCUCCUUAUUCAGUAUGUUGAAGGGUUAGGUAUAAGAGGAGACAUAGUUCGUGUCAAGAGGAGUUUGUUUCAUGAGCAGCUGUUUCCUUCUGGUCAGGCUGUCUAUGCAUCGCCUGACAACAUUAAAGAGCUGGAAGAUGAAAGGAAGGCUCUUGGAAUAGACAAACCUGAAGCUAGGCUUGGUGUUCAAGCCAGGAUGGCUAUAAAAGAACUGUCGCAUAUGAAUCUUGAGAUCCCAAUGAAUGAUAAAGAAGAGUGGACACUUACCAAAGAACAUGUCCAAGUGGGGUUUAGAAUCCAGGGUGUUGAACUGCAAGAAGAAUGCAUUGUUUUACCAGAAGAAGAAGUAAAAGAAUUCAAAGAAUUGAUAGUGAAAGUUUGUAUCAACGGCUUGGAGUCUGUAGACGUUAAAGCUAACAUUAUUCCCAUCUCACAGAAAUAUGUCAUCCCUAAGAAAUGAUACAGUUAAGAAUUUCUAUGUAAUUUGAAAUUAAUGACAAUUGUGGACUUGACUGGAUGUAGUGGCUCCGGCCUUAACAUUGCAGUCAUGUUCAUCAUUUAAAUUUUAUUUUAUUACAAACAUUGAAUGAAUGAAUCAAUCACAGGUAUGUAGUUGCAGAUGAUUAUAUCUUCCCUAGCAAUUCAUGUGUAAAUUAUACAGACUGUUAUAAAAUUAUUAUUAUUAAAUAUUUUGCUGCUA